AUGAUGACCAUUAUCGUGGAGGUGUUCCGGGAGUUCGGGCUGACGGUGUCGGAGAGGAAGACGGAGACCCUGGUGAUGCGGGUGAAGGAGAGACAGCGACCGCCGCCGCCGCCACCGUUGGUGCUGACCAUCGAAGCAGCGGGGCAAAGGUACGCACAGACGACCGAGUUCCGAUACCUGGGCGGCCUCGUCAACGAGCAGGGCGACCUUACCCGAGAGAUCAACCACAGGAGCAAAGCAGCGUGGGCGUGCAUUAAGCGAUACGCCACGGAGCUCUUCGACCGACCGGGAGCACCGUUUCGCCUCAAAGCCCGCCUGCUCCAGGCGGAGGCAGUGGAGGCACUGCUAUACGGCUGCAUGACAUGGUCCCCACGCCGCAACCACUACGGAAUGCUGCAGACGACACACCACCGGCUACUCCUGCGAGUCAUCGGCUACCGGCGCAAACGAGGCACCUACCGGCAGCUGUCAUACGCCCAGGCGCUAAAGAGGGUCGGCUGCCAGAGCGUGGAGGCCACUGUCCGUCAACGGCGCCUGCUCUUUGCGGGGGCCGUGGCAAGACAGCCGGACGGGCGGCUUCCGAAACGGCUGAUGUUCGGCGAGUUGGUGGGAGGGGAGGACCCGGGCCAGGGAAACCCGGAGCAGAACUGGCUGACAUGCCUGAAGGACGACAUGAAGAUGUUCGAAGCCAGGUACGGCUCCACGACCGACAAGCCGAGCGUCUUCGGAGUCCCGAAGUUAGUCAGAGUGUGGAAGCACAUUUGUGAUAGAAGUGUACACAUCACUGUGAAUUUGUCGUAA